CAGCAAGCCACUACGAACCUUUUUGGCCGUUGUUUUGCUGUACCCUGUCCCUGUACGUUAUGGCUCCCAAGUCGCUGGCGCAACAGCUCGCUGAGCUGGAGGAUCCUACUCCUAGAGAUUUCGACCCCGAGGAUCUCGAUCGCGGUGUUCAAUCGAGUGAUGAGGAGGGAGGAAAGGCCGUGGAUGCUGACGCGGGACGAGAGCAUUAUCAGGCUGUUGGCAAGGGAAAGCUUCGCAAACAGGAUCCGGUCGCCUUAGGGAAGCAGUACGCCGGCUCGAAAGUUAGCAGACAGGCGCUCGAAGCCGAGAGCGAGGACGACCCGUUCGCGGCCCGGUCCAGCGAUGAGGAAGACGAGGAGGAUGACGAUGAGGAGCUAGGCAGCGACGAGGACGAGGACGAUGAGGAUAUCUCCGACGACGAAGAAAGCGAGGAGGAGACUGCCCGACCGGCCAAGGGUGCCGGGAAGAAGGCCAAGAAGGAGGUCAGCUUCGACGACAUGGAUACCGAUGGGUCGGAUGAGAUGGACGGUUUUGAGGACGAGGAUGACGAUGACGAAGGGGAGGAUGAUUUCCCAUCCGAUGAGGACGACGAGGACGAGGAUGAGGAUGACGAUUCCGACGCCUCUGACGACGAACCCCGCCGCACCGGCAAAACCGACGAUCGCGAGGAACUGCGCAAACUAAUGGCCUCGGACCAAAAGACCAUCGCCGCGACCAUCUCGCAGGCCGCCAAAGCCGACGCCGCCAAGGGCAAAGCCGUGAAGCAGCAGCGCGCCACCUUCGACGCCCUCCUCAACACCCGCAUCAAGCUCCAGAAGGGCCUCACCGCCAUCAACCAGCUCUCCCUCGCGGCCGCCCAGCAACACUCAUCCACCACCGACGAGAAGAGUACUCCCGACGCCGACGCAGUCCCCGAACCUCUGGACGGCGAAGCCAUCAAAUCCGCCGAAUCCGCCGCCCUGGCGCUGUGGUCCACCCUCGAGGAUCUCCGCCUCGCGCUGGCGGACGCGCACCACAAGCAGCAGCAGGGGGGUGAUGACAGCAAGAAGCGCAAGCGCCCGGCGCCCGUCACGCCGGCCACCUCGUCCGCUUCGCUGUGGAAGCGCAUGACGGCCCUCGAGGCCGAGUCGCUGGCGCACCGGCGCGCGGUGCUCGACAAGUGGUCCCAGAAGGUCCGCGGGGCGACCGCCGCGACCACCGCCAACGCGCGCGGCAAGCUGCUGUCUGCCUCGACCGCCUCGCAGACGAUCUCCACCGUGCUGGACGCGCAGGUCGCCACCGAGACGGCCGCCGGGCUCCGUGCCGUGAAGCGCGCCCGCACUGCUACUACUACGACGACCAAAGACACCAAGUCGACGACCACGACCAAAGCGGCGGCGGAGCAGCCCGACGAGCCCGCGGAGCCCCUCUACGACGACACCGUCUUCUACCAGACCCUGCUGCGCGAGCUGGUCGAGCAGCGCAUGUCCUCCUCGGACGCCAUCACCAACGGCCUCGAUACCCUGCACCUCCAGCUGCCCUCGCGGCUGUCGGCCGUGCACCCGGUCACCGGGAUGCGCAAGGACAAGGUCAAACGCGACGUGGACACCCGCGCCUCCAAGGGCCGCAAGAUGAAGUUUGAGAUCCACGAGAAGCUGCAGAACUUCAUGGCGCCGGAGGACCGCGGCGCGUGGACCCGCCACGCCCGGGAGGAGUUCUUCGCUUCGUUGCUGGGCAACACGGCCAGCGGUAUGCUACGGGAGGAGGAUGAAGAUGAAGAUGUGGAUGCAGCUGCGGGUGAGGAUAGUGAUGUCGAUCGUGAGGAGGGUGGGUUGAGACUCUUCCGGAACUAGGCUUUCGUUGCUGGUGGCAUAGCAUAGAUACUCGAUUUUUUUCCAUUCAGAGGUUUCAUUC